AUGAAUAAAACCAACUCAAAAAAACCUAAAGGAAAAAAUAACGACGACCAAAGGCAAAAGGACAAUGACGACGCAUUAAUUAGUAAAAUUGAGAAUAGGGAAGAACAGUCGCAAGACGGCACAAUAGAUGAAGAUGAGCUGAGAAAGUUUGAAAGGGAAUUGCUACAACGGCACGAUCAACAGCCUAAACUAAACAGGUCGGGUGCCAUAAAGCACUCGACACUUGUAGGGGAAGAAAUUAAUACAAGAGAAGAAGAAGAAAAAGAGGAGGAAGAGGAAGAUCCCUCGGUGAAAAUCCUGGAAGCGAAAGCCUUCACAGAAAGUCACGAUGAAAAAACGGAAGAAGAAAGGGGAGGAACUUGGGAAGAUAUAGAGGAGAGUGUUUUAACAGCCUUCUUGUUCGACGAAGAGGACAGAAGAGAAAUGCAGCAAAUGAAAAAAAGAAAAGGGGACAGCCUUGAGAUAAAUGAAAAAUUCAAAAAAGAAAAACUUGAAGAAAGCAAAAAAUAUCCAGAAGAAACCGACAGGGAAAAGGUCCAACGGAAAAUGAAACAAAUACUCGAUAUACUUAAUACAGAAGGCCCAAUAGAGGACGAAAGAAUAAGAAUGAAAAAACUCAUAGGGGAAAUUAACUCUAUGCAAAACAGAAAAAUUAGCCCAAAUCAAACAACACAAGGGGAGGAGAAAAAUAUAAGAUGCGAACAAUGUAAAAUUAAGAUCGAGCAAGAGAGACAAAGAAAAGAAACAGAAAAAAUAAUAGGAAUUGUAAACAAGGGAGGAGACAUAGACACCUUUAGUCAAAUCCACGAGAAGAAAUGGGAGGACAAGGUGUUUGAAAAAACGAAGUGGGAACAUGGGGGACUGCAAGAGACAAUUGAAAAAAAAAGAAUGCAUAAUAAUAACUAA